AUGGUCGACACCCUUCGAACACGCUUCUUCCACUUGAACGUAUUCCAGGGACCAAGUUGGGCAGCCUAUACAAGACUCUGGCUAUGCAAGACAUUGGCAUCGGGCAGCUCAGCACAGAUCUUCGUCGAUGUUAACAAGAAGUACGGCCCAGUGGCACGCAUCGGGCCAAACAACCUGGUAACAGACGACCCCGAAUUCGUGAGACGGAUACUUGCAGCUCGAUCUCACUACACCCGUGGUCCGUGGUUCGAUUCCAUCAAGAUUGACCCUCACGUGUCCAACAUCGUGUCCGAGAGGCAUCCGGGCAGGCACAACCAUCUCCGGUACCAGAUGUCCGCUGGAUAUGCCGGCAAGGAUAUCAGCGGUCUGGAGUCGACGGUCAACGAGCGCAUCUCCACCUUCAUCAGGCGCAUCGAGGACAACUGGCUGUCAACGCCCGAGUUCACGAAGAGGUUCGACAUCGCUAAGAGAAUACAAUACCUUGCCGUCGACAUCAUCACGCAUCUCGCAUUUGGGAAGCCGCUUGGCUUCGGGGAGGCCGACGCGGACUUGUUUAACUUCCUUUCCACCAUCGAGAUGCAGCUUCCCAUUGUGCAGCACUUCUCGGUCAUCUUGGAGCUCAACGAUCUGCUGGCUUGGGUGGCCAAAUUCAAAUGGUUGAGGAGGUUCAUUGUGCCAUCUUCGAAAGACAAAAAGGGCAUCGGCAUGAUCAUGGGAAUCUCCCACGAGGUUAUCAAGAAGCGUUUUGGGCCUUCAGCGGAAAAGAAGAAAGACAUGCUCGGCUCCUUCAUCUCCCGGGGCUUAGACGCCGACGAGGUGGAGAUGGAAAUAUCUAUUUCACUAGUUGCUGGGUCUGACACCACGGCCACGGCGAUGCGUUCGACACUCCUCUCGAUCAUCUCGACCCCGCACGUCUACUCCCGUUUGAGGCAAGAGAUCGAUGAUGCCAUCUCACGUGGUGAAGUCUCUUCGCCCAUCACUGAGGAAGAGGCGAAGCGUCUGCCCUACCUUCAAGCCGUGCUCAAGGAAGGUCUUCGCCGCUUCCCGCCGAUCACGCAACUGCGUGAGCGCAUGGUGCCACCGGAAGGCGACUGGUACGAUGGAAAGCACAUUCCCGCAGGCACCUUCGUGGGUCUGAAUGCGUGGGGUCUCCAGCUGAACCGUGUGUUUGGUGAUGACCCUGAGAUAUUCAGGCCGGAGAGAUGGCUCAUCGACGACCAAGACCGGCUUCGUCGCAUGGGUCAGGUGCAGGAGCUGAUAUUCGGCCAUGGGACCACAAAAUGCCUGGGAAUACCCAUCGCGAUGAUGACGCUCAACAAGAUCUUUGUUGAGCUGCUUCGACGAUUUGAUGUACAAGUGAUGAAUCCGCACAGGCCCUGGACGAGCAUUUGCUACGGCAUUUUCUUCCAGAAAGACUUUAACGUCCGCAUUACACGUCGUGAUGAUUCCAUAGAGGCCGCAUAG